AUGUGGUCCCCGACGGACAGCAUGUUCAGGAUCAUACCUCGUGAGACCCUGAGCAACGACAGUGGCAGCAAUACUAAUUAUGUACGGACUGAGGUGCAGACUAUGAGAAGAGAUCAGGAGGUGAUUAUGUCUUCAUACGAGGUCAUCGCCGGCGGAACCCGCAUUAGAAUUCUCCCCAUAACUUACAAGACCUUGUCAGCGUCGCGGUUCUUCCGCCGCAUGCUCAGAUAG